AUGGAAGCACCCAACAAAUUAAGCAUUACUCUUGCCUUGAUUGGUAAGACUGGAAAUGGUAAAAGUUCAACCGCCAAUUCUAUUUUAGGGCGAGAUGCUUUUAAAGAAAAUCGAGGCACAUUUUUUGCCACCCCUUGUUUUUCAAUUCGUGGAAAUCUAGAAAUUAAAGUUGUUGACAGUCCUGGGUUUAUGGAUCCUGACGAGGAAAAUGAAAUUUUGAACGUCGAAACUCAAAUUCCUGGAAUUAUGAGUGUGUGCCCAGAAGGUAUUCAUGCGUUGUUGUUGGUUUUGAAGUAUGGGAACAGAUUCACAACAGAAGACAUAGAAACGGUAGUUAAAAUAAAGCAAAUUUUUGGAGUAAAUAUAAUUAAAGAUCACGGAAUCAUUAUUUUUACUCACGGAGAAAACUUUGACAUGGAGUCUGAAGGUUGCGACGAAAGUGAUGAUACGAUAAAUGAUUUUGGAACGUGGUGUAACCAACAAACUGGUCCAAUACAAGAUUUAUUUAAAGAAUGUGGUAACAGAGUUGUCCUGUUUUAUAACAGUCACUCAAAACUGUAUGCAGACAAGAAAGAAAUCGCCGUAGAACAACUCUUGAACAUUGCAGCUGAGUUGGGUAAAAAAGGCGCUUACACCAAUGAUAAAUUUAAACAAUGUGCAUUGGAACGAGAGCGAUUAAUAUCAGAACAUAAGUUACCAGAGCUAAAGAUUGAGUUUCAGCGUAAAAUUGAUAGUUUAACCCAGGAAAUCUGCAAGUAUAUGGAAUCUAAUAAAAUGACAGAAAAAGAUGUAAUUGAACUAACAGAAUUCGGCAAGCAGUUGUUAGAUGAAAUGGAUAAUAUUUCACAAGAUGAAAACCUUCAAAUUAAAGUAAAGAGCAUUCAAUAUAAAAUAGAAGAAAUAGAUUGGAGAAAACCCAUCAAAGAACAGCUGAAACCAAUAAUAGAAAUGUUGCAGAAACUUAAAAAUCCGGCUAUUUCUGUGCCUGUUGCAUCUUCAAUAACAAGCGGUGUAUUACUAGCAGUAGGUGUCGUUUUUACUAUUGCUAGUGGAGGAUUAGGAUCAACGAUAGGUGCAAUUGCCUUACGUGUUGGCGGAGUAUCGAUAUGUUUGGGGGUUUGCAAAAUGGUUGGUAACUUGCUAAACAAGUUUAAAAACAAGUGAAUGCUAUUCUUUAAGUUUUGUGCGACGAGAUUACAUUUUGUAUUGUAGAAUGCCGAUGGGUUUUAUUUUAGUGACUUUUUUUUUCUACAGCUAUGCUUACUUUGUAGCGGUUUUGGGGUAAAGUUUGAUUUUAAUUAAUAUUUACUUUAAGCUUUAAAUAAUUUGAAUGUUUUAAAUUUGACGGAUAUUUUGUUUUCCAUAAAUAUAACCAAACAAUAAUCAACAUUUUAUAGCCAAAUAUCGCCAUUUUAAAUGAUUGUUAACAAAUAUUUCAUAUUUUUCAAAUGAAAUCCUAUGAUUGUAUUAAAGAUACUUUGUUUAUAUGUUUUAUUAUAUUACACUAGG